AUGACCGAGGAUAUGCAACUCAGUACGUACAGCCAGCUCUGCAUCGAGGCUCGGCUGUACGACGAGAGCCAGACGUUUGAAGAAGCGCAGCUGUUUGAAGAGAACCUGCCAUAUGGCGACUGGUUUUCCUUCGACGUCAACGACUACAAUUCCAUGGCAGAUGUCCCAGAGCUCUGCGAUUCACAGCCUCUGUCCCAGUACGGGGGCUCAGAAAUGGGAUCAGAAGCGAGCUCCCCCGCAUCGCCCAUGUCUACAGACUCCUUCUUCACACAGCAGACGUCGCCGACCCCCAGCUUAUCUUACCUCCCGCCUUAUGCAAGCGCCAGUACGCCUGCGACGUCUGCUUACAGCAGCCCGGAUGCCACUCCCGGCCUGGAGGUGACCUCGCCAACAGUUGAAUCGCCAACAUUUGCCUCGAGUGGCCGUGACUAUCCAGUAUGCUGCCUCCACCCCGGCUGCGAUGCGAAGCCCUUCAAGCGUCGUGCCGAUCUGGACCGUCACUACAAGCACAAGCACGCUCCGUCGUCUCAGAAGGACUCGUAUCAUUGCGAUUACGCCCGCUGUGGGCGGCGCCGAGAUCCGUUCCACCGUCGCGAUCACUUCCGCGACCACCUGAGAGACUUUCACAAGGAGGACAUUGAGAAGCGUGGAGUCGCAGCCAAGGAAGAUUGGUUCGAAGGCCGCAAUGCCUCUCACACCUGGUGGCGAUGCACCAAAUGCCUGAAGCGAAUCUACAUCAGCCGCCAUGGUUACGAAUGCCCUACCUGCAAAACAUCCCUGCAAGCGAAACGAAAGGAGAUUCGCCGGCGAGAGUAA